UGCUAAAAGAUCUUUGGUUGCAAGCUACUGCAGGAAGUUGUAGAAAGCCCAAGAGGCUGCAGGGAGCAGCAAAGAGCCGCAGGAAGUCUUUGGUUGGUUGCAAGCAACUGCAGGAGGCUGCAGGGAGCUGUCAGAGGCAGGCGGCCAUGGCUGCAGCGGCGGGCGGCAUGCUGUCGGUGCACGGCUUCAGCGAGCAGCUGUGCGGCGUGUCUGUGCACUUCCACCUCCUCACCAUGUCGGGCAGCUUCUUGCUGUGGGUGGGCGCCGCCCCCACCCCCUCCCUCUCCAACCUGGCCGUCGCCAUGUGCACCAGACUGGACCCGACUCCAGUGUCGUCAUUAAUCCUCGGUGAUGCCUCUGAGAUAACGCCCACCUCAAUCGCUCAAAGACUCGCAAAGAAGACGGGGAAACAAGUGUUCGUGAGUUACAACCUGCCCAGCUCCAACACCUCUCUCUCCCUGGAAGUGGAAAACAGAAUCAAACAGGAAAUGGAAAAAAAUCCAGAUAAAUUCUAAGAGUGUUUUUAUUAUAUUUUUUAAAGCUAUGUUGAUUAAUAAAAUAUUUGAAAAAUA